GCUCAGAUAACAGUAAAUGGGCGCUCUGGAGGGGCUACCAGUCCAAUGAGUUACUUUCAGAGGCCAUUUUCCCCAUCAGCUUACUCUCUACCAGCAUCACUCAAUUCAAGCAUUAUCAUGCAGCAUGGAAGGACAAUUGACUCCACAGACACAUAUUCCCAACAUGCCCAUUCUCUGGAUGGUAGCUCUGCCAGCAGUACAAUACCAAUUUAUAGAUCUUCAGAGGAAGAGAAGAAAGUGACAGUGAUUAAAGCCCCCCACUAUGCAGGCAUUGGACCAGUAGAUGAGUCUGGAAUCCCUACAGCAAUUAGAACGACAGUUGACAGACCAAAGGACUGGUACAAGACUAUGUUUAAGCAAAUUCAUAUGGUUCACAAACCUGAUGAUGAUGCAGAUAUGUAUCAUACUCCAUAUACAUAUAAUGCAGGCCUUCCUAGUGCUUCCUACAUGACUCAGUCCCACCCUGCUGCAAAGAUGCAGACAUAUAGACCUCUUUCCAAAAGCCUCUCUGACAAUGGCGCCGAUGCCUUUAAGGAUUCCUCUUCCCCUCUGCCUCCUCCACAUAUCCCACCUCCAGUUCCACCGUUUAGGCCCAGAGACAGGUCUUCCACAGAAAAGCAUGACUGGGAUCCACCAGACAGAAAAGUGGACACACGAAAAUUUCGUUCUGAACCAAGGAGUAUUUUUGAAUAUGAACCUGGGAAGUCAUCAAUUCUUCAACAUGAGAGACCGACUGAUCGCAUAAAUCCAGAUGACAUAGAUUUAGAAAAUGAACCCUGGUAUAAAUUCUUUUCAGAACUGGAGUUUGGACGCCCGCCUCCUAAAAAGGCUCUGGAUUAUGGUCAGGACCAUUCUUCUGGUGUUUCCAAAGAGGCCUCUUUGUAUCAGACCUCCUUAGACCGCAGCCUGGAAAGGCCUGCUAGCUCUGCAAGUACAGCUGGUGACUACAGAAAAAGGAGGAAGAGUGAGCCUGCAGUGGGUCAUCCCCGAAGUAUGGCUGAUCAGAAUACAAACAGAACCAGCCCAACCCAAGCAGAUCUCCCAGGUCCAAGCACCACCCUUAUGAAAUCUUUCACUGGUUCUUCUCCUUCUUCCCCUUCAAGAGCAAAAGGUGGGGAUAUUAGCAAAGCAUGUCCAUCCCUUUACAAUUAUUCAGGGCACAACCACCACACCUCAAGUGAGUUAGAUUACUGCAGCACAUACAGGCAGCACUUGGAUGUGCCAAAUGAUUCAAAGCGCACCAUCAACUUCAAGAAUGGUUGGCAGAUGACACGGCAGAAUGCCGAGGUCUGGAGCAGCACAGAAGAAUCAGUUUCACCCAAAUUGAAAUCUCGCAGUUGUGAUGAUCUUCUCAAUGAGGACCAUGAUAGUUUCCCUGACCCACAGACCAAGUCAGAAAGUCUGGGCUCUCUGUUAUGUGAGGAGGACUCCAAAGACAGCUGCCCAUUGACAUGGAUCUCCCCCUACAUCCCUGAGAACCGGACAAGUGGUAGGUCAAGAAUCAGACAUAAGUCUGCACAUGAUGCCCCUGGGUUCUUGAAAAUGUACAAGAAAAUGCAUCGCAUUAACCGCAAAGAGUUGAUGAAGUCUGAGGUGAUUUGUUCUGUAAAGUCCAGGAUAUUACAGUAUGAGACGGAACAACACAAGGGCAUGUUGCGUGGAUGGAGCCAGUCCUCAACUGAGGAAGUGCCCAGGGACAUGGUACCCACACGCAUUUCUGAGUUUGAGAAGCUAAUUCAAAAGUCAAAAUCCAUGCCAAAUCUAGGGGAUGAAAUGUUGUCUGCAGUCACCUUAGAAUUGCCUCAGAAUGGAUUGUGUCCAAAACGAAGGUUUUCCAUUGAGUCUUUAUUGGAGGAAGAAAAUCAAGGGAGACAUGUCAAUCAGGUUAAUGCACGAAGCUAUAAGCCUAAAACUCUAGUGCCAAUUCACAUUGAAGUGACCAGUGAUGAACUACCACGUUCUCACAUGGAGUUCUCAGACAGUGACCAAGAUGGAAUGGUCUCUGAUGUCAGUGACUUUGUUCAUGUAGAAGGCUCAUCCUUCUGCAGUGAGAGCGAUUUUGAUCAUUUCUCUUUUACAUCGUCGGAGAGUUUCUAUGGGUCCAACCAUCAUCACCAUCACCACCAUCACCACCACCAUCACCACCGGCAUCUCAUCAGCUCCUGCAAGGGAAGAUGCCCUGCCUCUUACACGCGAUUUACUACCAUGUUGAAACAUGAAAGGGCUAAACAGGAGCAUGCUGAAGAUUCUAGGCGACAAGAAAUAGACUCUGGCCUUUCUAAGUUAGCCUUCCUAGUAAGCCCAGUGCCUUUUCGAAGGAAAAAAAGUACUGCUCCCAAAAAACAGACUGAAAAGACAAAAUCCAAGUCAUCUGUAUUUGAUGCUCUGGACUCUGCCCUUAAGGAUAUUUGUGAUCAAAUUAAAGCUGAAAAGAGAAGGGGAAGUUUGCCCGACAAUAGCAUAUUACACAGACUUAUCAAUGAGCUGCUUCCAGACAUUCCCGAAAGGAAUUCAUCACUUAAGACUUUGAGAAAAAGCCCCCUGCAUCAGCCUUUGCCUCCCCUGUCUCAAGAUGGUGCUGCCCAUUAUCUACCCUACCAGAAUGAUUGUGGACGAUUACCUCCUAGUGCCUCUUUUCAAGACAUGGAUACAACUAACAACAACCACCAGGACAAUGAUAGUUUCCAAGAGCAAGAGUCUCCUAGAAGUUAUUCAUCAGCUUUCACCGACUUGGGUCGAAAUGCUCCCAGAGAAAGAAGAGGAACUCCAGAAAGAGAGAGGCUGCCAGCCAGAGCUGUUUAUGAUUUUAAGGCCCAAACAUCUAAGGAAUUGUCAUUCAAAAAAGGGGACACUGUCUAUAUCCUCAGGAAAAUUGAUCAAAAUUGGUAUGAGGGAGAGCACCAUGGACGAGUGGGGAUAUUUCCAAUCUCUUAUGUAGAGAAACUCAGCCCUCCAGAAAAAACUCAACCUGCAAGACCACCACCCCCGGCUCAACUGGGAGAAAUUGGAGAAGCUAUAGCCAAGUACAAUUUUAAUGCAGAUACAAAUGUGGAGUUAUCCCUGAGAAAGGGGGAUAGAGUCAUUCUUCUUAAAAGAGUCGAUCAAAAUUGGUAUGAAGGUAAAAUACCAGGAACCAACAGACAAGGUAUCUUCCCUGUUUCCUAUGUAGAAGUCAUCAAAAAGAAUGUCACAAAAGGUGCUAAUGAUUAUCCGGACCCUCCAAUACCCCACAGCUAUUCUAGCGACAGGAUACACAGCUUAAGUUCAAAUAAGUUGGCUUACAGUGCAUCCUGCCUUCCUUUCAUGUCACCUUGCCCAUAUUCUAAUAAAGGGGCUAUAGAAGGAGUCACCAAUGAAUGGUUAUCACUGACUAUGGGGUUUCUACCUUCAAGCCCUGUGACCCCAACUCCACCUCCUUUUCCUGACAACUUCUUGGAUGAAUUAGAAAAACUUGAGGCUUUAACCUUCCCAACUGGCCCGUCCGAUCCAGGAAUCCUAGGGAAUAACAGUGCUCAAGUUAAGGCUAACCCUUCCAUUACCAAGACAUGCGAUCCCACUGAAAUGCCAUCCUCUCUGCCACUUCUUUCUUCUUCUGGUGCCAUCUCACCUCUAGCCUCUCAGUUCCAUGAUGCAGAGUUAAUUCAGGAUUAUACAAAACCAGCUGAAAAAAUAUGUGCAGAUUGGAAAGAGAUGAAAGGUUCUCCCACUAACAAAGAAAAAAGAAACUUUUCAAAAAUUGGAAAGGUACCUGAAGUCCUGGGUGAUAAGGUUGCUACUUCAGUCCAGUAUAAUGUGGGUACCUUAUCCCAAACACUCCCUGUCAUUGAAGAAAAAGAAGAGGACUCUUGUGAUGAGUUAAUGUCAAUCAUCCAUGGAAGGAAGCCAAAAUUUCAAGAGUCAGAUUUCUUUCAGUAUGAAGCUGAUGUUACAGAGGAAGCACCAAGGCUAUACAUAGAGGAGGAAGAUGAGGAGAUGAAACAUGAUUGCUUAACAUCUCCAGUGACAAUUAUAAAUGAUCCUAGGAUAUCUAAGGAAGACUGGAAUACAGCCAGUACAAGUAAAGAGCCACAGCGCCCUGGGUUUACUCAUGAAAACAUACAAAGUGGGGGGGAACCGUUUCAGGCUCUGUAUAACUAUACUCCUAGGAAUGAAGAUGAAUUGGAGCUCAGGGAGAGCGAUGUCAUUGAUGUGAUGGAGAAAUGUGAUGAUGGAUGGUUUGUGGGAACUUCAAGAAGAACCAAAUUCUUUGGUACUUUCCCCGGAAACUAUGUCAAGAGGCUGUGAAUUCUUUUCUCUACUUAUUUAUGCUGCAUUUCAGCAAUACAUUCACAUCAAAUUUCUUGGAAAACAUGCUUCCCAGGACUUCUGUUUCCAUGCUUCACAAACAGAAGGCUUUAAGCAUCAUCAUCACCAUCUUCAUCCUUGCAGUGCAGAGUUACAGCUGCCAUGACCCCUUUGGGAGAAGAGGCUGGAGGGUUUUGCUGUAACUGUACUUAGUCCUGUUACCUGUUUUAAAUGUUUACAAUUUGAAACACAAAAACAACCUGGAGUUGUAUUAUACAUAGAAACAAAAUGGAUGAAAUCUGGAGUCCAAUUGAGAAGUAUCUCACAGAGAAGCUUUUCUGGUCCCCUAAUCAAAAACUCUAGCAGAUCACCUCCCCUGAGACAGCUGGAAGAUAGUGUUUCCUUAGGACAUGCUGAUAUUUGCAUUUCCACCUCUUUAGUUUGGCAGGAUACAUUAUUUUCACUUUGCUGCAUCACAAGUUUGCCUCUUGUUCGAGUUGACAAUAUAUUUUUAACUCUAAUUCAGUGAUUGUUUGCCUUCGUUUACUGGUUGUAACACGCACAGUGAUUGUAAAAUCUUCAGCAAGAGUAGGAACCUUCACUUGGACAAGCAUGAUUUUAUUAUCACAUUUGAGUUUUCUAAUAGGACUGUUUUCCUUAAGGGUUGGAGAAGUUGGCUUUUUGUUGGUUUGGGUUUUCUUUUUUUAACUUUUUAAAAGUGUAAAUGAUAAGAAAAUUUACAAUUUUAAGUAAUUACUAUGAAAAAGAAGAGGUAAAAGAUGGACAGCAAAAAAAAGUGUUGCGUUCUAAAGUUGCAUUACUAUUUUAUGUUAAAAAUGUUAUAAUCAGCAACAUGAACUAUGAGAUAUUAGUUUUAUUUAUCAGAUUAAUUUUAAAUAAAAGCAGUGUUAGUGCAAAGAUUCAUUUGAACGUAGACCCUUGAACAAGAUACUCACAGAAAGUAUCUUCAAGAGCUAUGUACUGGUUUUAUUUUUAUUAUAUUGCAUAUAUGUGUGCACAUAUACAUGCAUGAUUGUAUAUGAACAUACAGUACAUAUGCAUAUGUUGCACAUUUAUGAAAAUGUUAGACUCCCAAGGCACGCAUUAUUUUAUAAAAAUAAAUAUAUAUAUAGCACUUCAGAAACAUCAGAAGUAUUAAUCCACGUUUUUGCUUUGCUUUUUUGUUUUCCUUUAAUGAACAAAGCAAUUAUUUGAAUGCACCACUUAUCUUAUUUCUGUAAGGUUCAAGUCCAAAUAGUGUCUGUAUUAGAAGACAGGAGUAUAUUAAGCCUAUGUCUCCCAGCGUGUGUAUUUGUAUAAAAUCUUUCCUACUCAUAAAUCGGGCACCUUGUUAGACCCAAAUCUUGGAAUUUAUCAGGACGGAGUCCUGGAAAAAACACUGACUUUGGGGUCAGACUUAGGUUUGAGUCUUGGCUCCAUGAAUGGUUUGUUCUAGAUCAUCUAAAUUCGAAUUCCAAAAUAUGAUGAGCUUAAGACCAUACUAAAUAGUGAUUAACUGGUAAUCAAAACCCACAAGAAUGAAUAGCAGUGAAUUAUGCCUCUGUUACACUCACUCAGAGACCUGGCUUAAGAAUUCUUAUGACUAUACAAGAACUGUUCAUAUUUGGAUUCUUGAGCACCUUAUAAAUGACAGACUUUUAAUGGCUUUUCACCUGUGCUCAGUGACUGAUUUUUUUUUCCCCACAAUGGACAUAGCCUCUCAAAUAUUGUACAUAUAUUUGCCUCUCUUUUGUACAGUAACAAAUGGGAAAAAAUUCCUUUUCAGUCUUCACCCCAUACUUAACAGUAACUGAAGAAAAAUUUUUCAAUAGGUUUUCCUGACUCACAAAUCAUGAUGCUUACUUUGAGAGUGCAAUUCUUUGGCUUUUAUGCAAAAUUUUAUAAAUUUUUAAAAAUGGUCUUAGCAGCCAGAUUGAAAUGUAUGUAUAUAUCUUUAUUACAGAGAAAUGUCAUUAGUCUGAAGAUAAAGAAACACCUUUGUGCAGCCUAUCCUUCUUAAUGCUGUAGUCAUGACAAGAUUUCUAUUGCAAAGGCUUUGGAGCUCAGAGCUAGGUCAACUGCAUGCAGCUUUGCCAAGGAAUGAUUAGUAACUACCUUUGAUGCCAUUUAUGAUAAAAAAAACACUUCAAUAUCUGUUGCCUGUAAUAUUUAAGACAAAUGCUGUUUCUACUCUAUCUGAUUUUAAAAAGAAGGGGGGAAAUAAUUUUUUUUCACACUUGGCUUUCAGGUAAUUGAAUUCUUACAAGCAAAGGUCUGUGUUUUCUUUUCUUGAAUAGACUUCUAAUAAAUUUUGCUUGGAGUACA